UUCAGUUCAACUCGCGCAGAACGUAAACAAGAUUUUUUGCUAUUCUCUUCAUCGUAGCAAAUCUGACCGUGAUGUUUUCCACGGCAGUUUGAGGUUCUAUGUUGGUUUUCAUCUGAAUAACACGUUGUGAUCAUCUGAUAUCUUUACAACCACAACGAUGAUGUUCCCAUCGUACACAAACUUGGCUCCGCCAGCAGAAAGAAAGCACAAGACGUCUAGCCGGUCCGGCGUGUAGGCGGCAUGUCGAAGAAAGCGUCCAAGACAACGGCCGGCGGCCAUGGGAGCACGUCCUCCUACAAGUCCGUCUUGGACAUCCAGCACAAGUACGACCAGGCCUACGACGAGGAGGUCCGCUAUCGGCUCAACACCAACGAGGCGGGGCCGGUGUACAACGAGGGCCUGGGAGGGGUCAGCGUCUCGACCCUCAACCAGAUCUGGAAUGAGUACACGCAGAGGACAUCCACGGACGUUGACUCGAAGCCCAGCACCGGCCUGGCCUCGCUCUUCAGUGACUCGAGCAAUGUCUUCAACAAGUACAGGUCCAAGGAAGAGAUCAGCAACGACGUGAAGGAGGCGCUCUGUGACUUCAUCUUCAAGAACGUGGUCGGCUUCGAUUUCAUAUACAGAGGUCCAUUCGGGAGAAAUAUUAUCACCUACCUAGACUACGUUGCCUCUGGACGGCCACUGAAAUGUAUCGAAACUUACAUCCGCUAUCACGUGAUGCCGACCUACGCCAACACACACACAGAAGUUCACUACAACGCUGCACAAACAACCAAAUUACGGGAGGAGGCCAGAGGUAUAAUCCGUGAAUCCGUUAAGGCAGGCAACGACGACGCCGUCAUCUUCUGCGGUAGUGGAUCCACAGCCGCCAUCCACAAAAUUAUCCACGCGAUGGGUCUCAAACGAACGGUCACCUCCAUGCUUGGGCCGACUGUUUUUGUCGGCCCCUAUGAACAUCACUCAAAUAUCUUGCCAUGGUUGGAGAUACGCGCAAAUGUGAUUAGGAUAGGACAGACAUCCGAAGGUCUCACGGAUCUGGAGCAUUUGAAGAGUGAAUUGGUGAAAUGCCGGUGCGGCCCAGAGCGAGUUUUGAUUGGCUCCUUUUCAGCAGCCUCCAACGUCACCGGCAUCCUGACUGACACCAUAGCCCUGGCUAAUCUCAUGCACCAGUUUAAAGGCUUUUGUUUCUUUGACUACGCAUGCGCGGGACCCUAUGUUGACAUAGAUAUGAACUGCUUAGACAAAGGAGAGAUGGCCUACAAAGACGCCGUGUUUAUCUCACCACACAAGUUCGUUGGAGGACCCCAGACCCCAGGUGUCCUAGUAGCAAAGAGAUGGAUGUUCAAAAACAAAGUACCACAUGAUGUCGGAGGAGGGACCGUUGUUUUUGUACGACGCCAGGGACACACAUACUAUGAAGAUGCGGAAGUACGAGAGGAGGGCGGCACCCCUGCCAUCAUUGAGUCGAUACGGGCGGGGCUGGUGUUCAAGCUCAAAGACACCUUAACCACCAAGUUCAUCAUGGCCAAAGAGAUGGAGAUGAUGGAGUUGGCAAUCAAGGCCUGGGCUGACCACCCAGACAUCAUCAUCCUGGGCAACCUCCAGUCCGAUCGUCUGCCCAUCUUCUCCAUGCUCUUCCUGAACCGCGUGACCGGACGACUACUUCACCACGACUUCAUCGCCAUGGUACUCAACGACCUCUUCGGCAUCCAGGUCCGCAGCGGUUGCGCAUGCGCAGCCCCCUAUGGUCUGGAUUUGAUAGGAAUGACGGAGCAAAUGGCAACACGGUACCACCAGUUUGUAACCAACCCGCCGCCAGACAAGACGCCCAACUACGCCAAGAAAGCCAAAUCUAAACCUCUACCUGAAGACUUGGAGGGGGUGCAGUGGGAAGGCGAUACAACCGAUAACAUCAUUUUCAAACCAGGUUUCGUGCGUCUAAAUUUUCCGUACUUCAUUAGUCACGAAUGCUUUGAUUUUGUCAUCAAGGCUAUUAUCCUCACGGCCGAGAAUGCGUGGGUGUUGUUGCCUUUAUACGAUUUUGAUAGGAAAACGGGCAAAUGGUGGUACCGAGGCGAAGAGAACUGCAAGCCAGCAAAAAGCUUGAAAGACGUGUCGUUCAAAAAAGGCAAACUAGACGUGGAGGCACCGCCGAGGAAGCCAACGAACAUCACCAAGUUUGACCUGGGCCGUAGAGAGGUUUCUUCUGCAGACAGUCUUCAGAGUGAGGGCAAUGACUUCAAGGGCUUUCACUAUGAGGAAAUUUUACAACGAGCGAAAAAGAUAUUUGAACAGGCUAACAAGCCAGGUGUGUUCGACUUACCUGACCAGACAUUCGAGUACACGGCUGAGGCUGAGGAGCUCAGGUGGUUCAUGCUGCCCAGUGAAGCUGCCGACAUCGUGAACAACAGAGAGGUGAUCCACCGCCCCCCAGAAGAGUACCCAUUCAUACCUGGUAGGCCGGCCUCCGAGCUGCAUAAAUCCAAAGAUAACCGGUGGCGAUGGUGGCUGUGUAUCGUCAUCACCAUUGUCGUCCUUGCUCUCACCAUCUUCUUCCUCGUCUGGGUGCACAUCAAAGGGGAUGACGAUGAGGAGGGGGCUAGCAAUAGCAACGCGGAAAAUGCCGCCGCUCCGGCCGAAAAUAUUUACUCACCGUCCAACUCUUCAACCCAAACAAACAGUACAAACAGUACCGAUAUCACUACCAACACCACUGCCAUGCCAAACCAAUGAUCAAAACAGUUUUUUUUUCUUCUUACGAGAAUAGUUCAAUUCAUGCGUGUCCAUCUUUAUUAAGUCAUUACUGAUGCAUAAAAUUAAGAAUUAUUUUCUAUUUAAAAAAAAAAGACGAGAUUUAUGCAAGGUGAACGGUUUCAGUUCAAACCUUUUACAAAACAAAUAACAAUAUUAAUUUAUAUAACUGAUUAGUCAGUUUUUCAAGUUCAAUUUUAAAAAGAUAGCUACGUGUAUCAUAUAAAUGCAGAAAUAAAUAAAAAUAAAGCUAGGAGCCGCGCCUCACUCGUCAUCCUGUUUGAUCCUGUCUCUGCCUCUGUUUACAUGACCCCCACCUGACGACCCCAUCAUGACCUCGAUCCCCACCAUCACUAGGUUCUGUACCUCGCCCCGGAAUAUCUUCCCUUCUUCCCGGAGGCCUUGGAGGAGAAGUUAAGCGGAUACGACACUCGCAUUCGCUACGCCGGACAACCAGAGA